AAGCACCAAAAGUUUAAAAACUUUUAAGCACUAUCUCGAAUCUGGAAAAUAGUUGGAGGACUAUCCAUGAAAUUUUCCCAGAAAACGAAUCAAAGAAGUUCAGCAGAAGACAAGAAAGUGCUCAAUAUUUCUCAUUCAUUGAUUUCUCCGCCUCCCCCUCCUCCCAAAAACAAUAAAAAAAAAAUCCCACUAAUUAGACCUUCCAUUUGAAGCCCACCAACGAUUUUCUCAAGUAUCAAUCAGCAUCGCAAUGGAUGAGUUUGAAUUUCGACGUAUUCUGGAGCUCUUCCCAAUUGUCCGACCUCGUGAUUAUUGCCUUGAUGUGGAAUCUUCGGGGCAAUCAACUUCUCGGUCUAAAGGGAAUAAGAAGGUAACUAAACUGCUGGAUGGGGACAGAAAAGAUCAGCAUAGUCCACUUCAAAGCCAUGAUUCAUUCUGGGACAAAUUGAAGUCGGCUGCUGAGAAGAAGGUUGGUCCAACUGAGGCAGAAAAGAUUUGCAAGGCAUUUCAACAAGUUUACAAGAGAGUUGUAUAUGAAGAAUUGAGUUUAGAAGCUGCUCAGAAGAUCAUAAACUCUUCAGGAAAUCCCAAAAUUUAGAAUCCAAGUCUGUCUUUUCACUAGGCAGGAGAAGGUUGUAAAUCAAUCGAGGUGACCCAGGAUGCGUGCAAGAUCUAUAUAGAAUUUUUCUAGCUUUGCCAAAACUGAUGAACAAGAUUCGCGCGCAGGAAAUUGAGGUAGUCUUGCUUUUGCUUUGUCCAUUGUGUAGUGAUUUCUGUAUGGUUUUUAGUUUAACGAAGUAUAUCGGUGCUGCCAAACAUAAAGACUUGUAAGAAAUACAAUUUGGUGAAUGAAGUGAAUUUUGGAAGAAGUCUUAUGGUUCCCCACACCAUUGUUGUAUUUGCUUCUGUAAUUUGGUAAUGUCACCUAUUCUGCCUGUUUAGGAACUUAUAACCAUUGCGCUUCGACUAUAACAUAGUUGGAUGCAAUUAGUUUCA